GUCCUCACUAUCCGAAGGAAGACAGUGUUACGGGAGCAUGGAGCUCACUGAGAGUAAGUGCGAUGGCGGGCAAGAAGUUAGCUUGCUGGACGCUCAGCUCGAGCUCUACUGGAACACCUUCGCCGUCAUCAAGUCCAUGGCUCUCAAGUCGGCGCUAGACCUCCGCAUCGCCGACGCAGUCCACCUCCACGGCGGCGCCGCCACCUUGGCCGAGAUAGCCAGCGAGGUGGCCCUCCACCCGUCCAAGAUCCCCUGCCUCCGCCGCCUCAUGCGCGCGCUCACCGUCUCCGGCGUCUUCGCCGCCGCCGUCAAGCCCGGAGACGGUGGUGGUGGUGAGCCCGUGUACGAGCUCACGCCGUCGUCGCGGCUCCUCGUCGGCUCCUCGAACCUGUCCGGCAUCAUGUCCAUGAUCCUCCACCCGACGCUCGUCGUCCCCUUCCUCGGCGUCGGCGAGUGGCUCCGCCGCGACCGCGAGCCGCCGGAGGAGGACCCGUACUGCAUCUUCAAGCAGGCGCACGGCCGGAGCCUGUGGGAGCUGGCCGGCCGCGACGCGGCGUUCGACGCGCUCAUCAACGACGGGAUGGUCUCGGACAGCCGCGUCAUCAUGGACUACGUCGUGAGGGAGCACGGCGAGGUGUUCCGGGGGAUCGCCUCCCUGGUCGACCUCGCCGGCGGGCUCGGCGCGGCGGCGCAGGUCAUCUCGAAGGCGUUCCCGGAGGUGAGGUGCAGCGUGAUGGACCUCGGGCACGUCGUCGCCAAGGCUCCCGCCGGCACCGACGUCGAGUACAUCGCCGGCGACAUGUUUGAGAGUGUGCCACCGGCAGACGCUGUCUUCCUCAAGUGGGUUCUACAUGACUGGGGCGAUGACGAUUGCAUCAAGAUAUUAAAGAACUGCAAGAAAGCUAUCCCUCCUAGAGACAAAGGAGGAAAGGUGAUAAUCAUGGAUAUAGUGGUCGGAGCAGGACCGUCUGACCAGAAGCACAGGGAGGUACAAGCGUUGUUCGAUAUGUACAUCAUGUUCGUCAAUGGCAUUGAAAGAGAUGAGCAAGAGUGGAAGAAGGUUUUUAUGGGGGCUGGAUUUAGUGGGUACAAGAUUAUGCCAGUCCUGGGUUUUAGGUCAAUGAUCGAGGUGUACCCUUGAAGGUGACACCGGUGAUUGUGAUUGUGAAAUCAAUGAUUGGUGAUUAGUUGCUCGGUGGAGAUGUGGAGUGUAGCAUGUUUGUUUGUUGUUGUGAGAUUCACAAUAGUGAUGAUUGUGUGGGUGUGUUUUCUUGGUUGUAUGUGAAAUUGUGAUUAGAAUUCAGACCAAUAAUAAAUUGUGAUACUAUGUUGUAUCGAUGUAAACUAUAGGAAAA